AUGGAAAAUCGGUUGCGACUUACGACCACAAUAGAGGGCAUUAGGUAUCUAGCGAAUCAAGCAUUGGCUUUUCGGGGCCACGAUGAAUCCGUUGACUCAUCUAAUCGGGGCAAUUUCAUUGAAAUCAUAAAGUCUAUUGCAAGAAUGAAUAUAGAAGUUGAGAAAGUUGUCCUUGAUAAGGCUCCUCAAAAUGCUCAAUACAUUGCGCAUGACAUACAAAAGCAAAUCUUACAUAUUUUUGCUAACAAGGUGAGGAAGACAAUUUGUAAGGAACUUGGGAAGAACAAAUUUUGUCUUUUAGUUGAUGAAUCACUUGAUGAAUCCGGUAAGGAACAAAUGGCUAUUAUUCUAAGAUUUGUUGAUUGUGAUGGAUUUAUUCGUGAGCGCUUCUUCGAUAUUGUGAGUGUUGUAGACACUAAUGCCUUGACUCUUAAAAAAGAGAUAUGCAAAGUGCUUGGUAAUAACGACAUUCUAGUGGAAAACAUGCGUGGUCAAGGGUAUGAUGGUGCUAGUAAUAUGCGUGGUUCAUGGAAUGGCUUACAAGCAUUAUUUCUUCAAGAUUGUCCAUAUGCAUAUUAUGUGCAUUGCUUUGCCCAUCGCUUGCAAUUGGCAUUAAAUGGUGCAGCUAAAGAUGUGAAAGUUUUAUGGAGGUUUUUUUCAAUGUUGACUAACAUUGUGAAUUUUGUUAGUGCUUCUGCUAAGCGCCGUAGUGAGUUAAACUUAAUUAGAAAAGUUGAACUCAAUGGGUUGUUGGAUUCUGGAGAACUUGAGACAGAGACUAAAUUACUUCUUCAAGAAAUCAGUGAUCAUGGACCAAACCAACAAUUUCGUGGAGAUGCUGAGAUAUUUCAGGCCAAAACUCAAGACAUUGUAAGUGCUUUAAAUUUUGUUGACAACACAAAAAUGCAGCUUCAAGAUAUGAGGGUACAUGGUUGGGAUGAUUUAUUCUGUAGUGUGGUAUCAUUUUGUGAACUACAUGGUGUUGAUGUUCCUGAUAUGAGUGCUCGUUAUAUGACGGGCACACAUCGUUCUUGUCAACAAAAAGAUUUUAUUACAUUUGAGCAUUACUAUCGCGUUGAUGUAUUCAAUGAUGUUAUAGAUUGCAUGUUAAGGGAGUUGAAUGACAGAUUUCCAAAGCAAACAGUUGAACUUCUUAUUCUUAGCUCAGCAUUGGAUCCUCGCAAUUCAUUCAAGUCAUUUAAUAUUGACCAUAUAUGUAAACUUGCUGAGAAAUUCUAUCCUGCUGAUUUCCUUCCAAAUGAGUUGAAAGAUUUGGAAAUAGAGUUGAGGUUGAUUCGGUUGGUGUUGACUCUUCCCGUUUCUACAGCAACAACGGAACGAGCUUUUUCAUGUAUGAGAAUUAUUAAGAACCGGCUUCAAAGCACCAUAGCUGAUGAGUUUCUUGCUGAUUGCAUGACCCUUCACAUUGAAAGAGAGUUUGCUAAUAGUAUCACUAAUGCAUCGAUAAUUGAGGAAUUUAAGAUUUCUAAGUCUCGCAGGGUAAAAUUUUAG